AUGGAGAGAAGCCUUUCAGAUCAACUGACUGAGAAAGCAUUUUACAAGAAAAUUAAUCUUACAAAUGAUAUUACAAAUCCUACCAGAGAGAAAUUCAUGUGUAAUGACUGUGGGAAAACAUUUUUCUUGAAACGCAAUCUUAUAGCUCAUAUGAGAAUCCAUACAGGAGAGAAGACAUUCAUGUACAAGGAAUGUAGGGAAGGAUUUGCCCACAAACAUCAUCUUACAAGUCAUAUGACAUUGCAUACUGGAGGGAAUCCAUUCAUAUGCAAGGAAUGUGGGAAAGCAUUUUCCAAGAAAUCAAAUCUUACACUUCAUAUGAGAAUCCAUACAGGAGAGAAGCCAUUCACGUGCAAGGAAUGUGGGAAAGUAUUUGCCCAAAAACAUCAUCUUACAAGUCAUAUGACUUUGCAUACUGAAGAGAGUCGAUUCAUAUGCAAGGAAUGUGGGAAAGGAUUUGCCCAUAAACAUAAUCUUACAAGUCAUAUGAGAAUCCAUACCGGAGAGAAGCCAUUCAUGUGCAGGGAAUGUUGGAAAUCAUUUUCCCAGAAAGCACAUCUUACAAGUCAUAUGAGAAUCCAUACUGGAGAGAAUCCAUUCAUAUGCAAGGAAUGUGGGAAAGCAUUUUCCCGGAAAUCAAGUCUUACACGUCAUAUGAAGUUGCAUACUAGAGAGUUAAAGCAAGAUCUCUCAAAUGACCAACUAUAUGACAGAUCAAAAUCACUCACAAAAUCUGCUCAAGAAAAUAAGGAAAAUAAAGAAAAAAUACAGAAUAGGGGAUGA